GUGCGCCAAAAGCAAUCGGUUUUGCGCCAAAAUUUUGGCUCAACUUGCACCAAAAGUUGAAGCUUAUUUAUGCUGAGUUUUAACCUUUUUUACCAUUUGAACAUACGCACGUGCCUAUUCAAGUAUACCAUAAAUGUUAUAAAGUUUGUUAACUAAACCAAGGAUUAAGGAGACUAUGAUAAAAAGCAAGUUGGAUAAGCUUGUUCUUCAAGCAUGUUCCUUCAUAAGCUGAAUUUUUCAAAAUAGAAUGAGAGAAGACACAAGGCUGCUGUUAGCUGUAUGCCAGACUGGAAAAUAUACACAUUAUGCCUAAUAUGUCUGGCAUAGUGGUGGGAUUGCGCUGGAAAUUUCAGCGCAUGUCCGGCGUAACUUGGCAUUGCUGAAUUCAUUGUAUGGCGGCGGCUGAAUUUUUCGGUGCAGGGCGGUUGGAUAUUUUUUUUUGUUUUUUGUUUUGGCGAAAGACAGUCACCGAAUUUAGUCGGCACGCUGGUCAAUCUAGCAGUAGGUUCGCCCUGCGGGCGGCUUUGUUCAGGACGAGACGUCCCCGCCCCCCGUCGUCGCGUGCUCGAACUGACGAGCCGCCCUGAGUCGACUCAGCGGAGGAACGGCCGCCAAGAUAAAUAACAUCCUGAGUACCUACUUCCUGAUCCGCUCAUCUUGAACCUGAUGUCAUCGGAGGUCAUAGACCUGCCUCUCCACUCUCCACUCAUGAAUACCGGCGUGUGUAACGGGGACAUUAUGAUCCUCGCGGGGAACUCGCACCCCGCGCUGGCCCAGCUGAUCGCAGAGAGGCUGGAUCGUAAGCUGGUGGAAAUCCAGAUCGGAAAGUUUGCCAACAAGGAGACUCAGCUGGAGAUAAUGCACUCGCUUCGCGACCGAGAUGUCUAUAUCUUGCAGACAGGAGGGAUCAUGGACGUCAACAACUCCAUCAUGGAGCUGCUGGUGAUGGCGUACGCCUGCAAGACGUCCUCAGCUCGCAACAUCAUCGGCGUGAUCCCCUACCUGCCCUACAGCAAGCAGUCCAAGAUGCGGAAACGGGGCUGCAUCGUCUCCAAACUGCUCGCCAAGAUGAUGUGCAAAGCGGGCCUGACGCACAUCAUCACCAUGGACCUCCAUCAGAAAGAGAUCCAGGGAUUUUUCGACUGCCCCGUGGAUAAUCUGAGGGCGUCGCCGUUCCUGCUCAACUAUAUCGUCGAACAGAUCCCCGACUACCGCAACUCCGUGAUUGUGGCCAAGGACCCGGCCUCCUGUAAGAGGGCCACAUCGUACGCCGAGAGACUUCGCGUCGGAAUUGCCGUCAUCCACGGCGAGGCGAAGACGCGUUUCGAUGACGACUACGAGGACGCGGACGAAGACGGCGAUGACGGCCGGACGUCACCGCCGCCGCUGCCGGCCAGGCAGCAGGGCCGCCUGCACUCGUCCGUCUCCAUGUCGUCGUUUAUGGAGCGCUCCGAGCCUGGUGCCGAGCCCGGCCCCGUCACGGCCGCUGCCGCCGCCGCCGCCGCCCUGCGCCGCGGCCGCCCCCGCCUCCGCUCAGCGGCCUCCGUCUGCUUCGGCGAGGUGGACCCGUCCCGCAUCAUGUCGGUUGGAGUGACCGGCGUACCGAUGCAGGCGGCCAAGGAGAAGCCGCCCAUCUCCGUGGUCGGCGACGUCGGCGGCAGGAUCGCCAUCAUGGUGGAUGACAUGAUCGACGAUGUGCGCUCGUUUGUGGCCGCCGCUGAGAUGCUGAAGGAGCGUGGCGCUUACAAGAUCUACGUGAUGGCCACGCACGGGCUGUUGUCGGCCGACGCGCCGCGUCUCAUCGAGGAGUCGGCCAUUGAUGAGGUGGUGGUGACCAACACGGUGCCGCACGACGUCCAGAAGAUACACUGCCACAAAAUCAAAACGGUCGACGUCAGCAUCCUGCUCUCGGAGGCCAUCAGACGUCUGCACAACAAGGAGAGUCUCAGCUAUCUGUUCAGGAACAUCACCAUGGAGGAUUAGAUACGCAGGAUAGCGAGGGCGAUUGAAAAAGAGGGGAUAGGGGUGUGAGAUAGGGGGGAGGAAGAAGAGAAAUGUGAGGACUUGUCUGCUAAUGGAAAUUGACGAGCGCAGGGAAAUGAGGGAAAGGAAGGUAGCGAGAGAGUAAAAAAAGGAGAAGAGUGGAGGGCAUGACGAUGAGAUGAGACGAUGAGAAUCGUACGUGAGAGAGUGGUAGAGAGGGCAGGAGAGAUCGCGAGAGGGUAUUCGAUAUUCGUUUGAAGAGAAUAUGGCUGUCACGCUAUCUGUGUAACUGGAGAAAAUGAAAAGACUGUUGUAUUUGUGCGCGGCUAGCGGUAUGUCGGGGUAAGACUAGGGGACGUAGCCAGAUUUGACAAUUGUCGCUCACAGUUUAAAGUGCCGAAUUCUAGACUUCACGCUAAGUAUACGAUCUUAAAUAUCGAAUACUAAAUUCCUCAGAGUACUGAGCCUUUCAGAGAUCAAAAUUCAACCGUCAAGUGCCAGUAAAAAAAAAGUUUAUCGAGUUGCAUGCGAACAUUCAUUUUUGGGAAAUAUCGACCCUAGUUGACUCGUUAUGAUAUGAUCGAAAGGUAGUAGGACCCGAUAAAACGAGCCCGUUGGAGUACUGGAACUCGGCCAGGUGUUAGCAGGUGUAGGUGGAAUCCCGUGAGAAUCCAAUGGGAUAGACUGGACUCCAUGAGAGUCCUGUAGGGUUAGUGGGACUUCGCUAGGAUCCAGUGGGAUUAGUAGGACUCCUGGAUCGAUGGGAUCAUCACCUGUCUCGCGGGUUUGUAACAGCACUCGGUCCUCUGAUUGGAAAGAACCAUUGACAUGUAGCGACGUCCUAUGCAAUAGGCGAGCAGGGAGGCGAACAACGACCACCGCCAGUUCUAACCGCGAACGGUGCCAUAUUUUGGCGACAAAUUGUGUCAGUAAAUUUCAAUGCAAGGCUGUUUUGCGGGAGGCUGAUGGUUGAUAAUGAGGUAGUGCCAUUAUUGACAAUAUUCCUGAUAUUUUUAUGUCGGGCAUCAGUGAAACUGUGGUUAUUUGUGACGAUGUCGUACGCGUACGUUGUCUGGGUAAAUGCGUUAGGUUAGAUGCACGCGUAUUAUGUUACAUGUACUCUCUCACCAUUUGCCUAACUUUUGUUACAUUUGAUUAUCUGUCUACGGGGUACUGUGUCUGUAUCGGUAGCUUAGUGACAACGUGUAAUCGUUCUGUGUUCUUUAUAACCGUACUAGCGGACAGACAUACGCUUGGAAGUCAUAGAACUGCUUAGUUUCUGUGCACUGGCGAUUCGACGCCGAGCAAAAAUGCCGCAUGUUAUUUCUCUUCGUGUCUUGUUUCCGCCAUGGUAUAUCUUACUAAUAAAUGUAGAAUUUCUA